CCCUCCCUCUUUCCUACGGCCCGCGCCGCCGCCUUAGAGCGCUCGGUCCCGCCGCGGCAGCCUCUCGGAGCUCUCUGGGCAGCUUGGAGCCAGGCGAGUGGGCUAGCUGGCCGGGAGCCUGAGCCGCGGAGGAGUCGGCAGCAGCAGAGCCGAGGGCCGGGAGCAACGCGGCCGACCCUUUCCCAAACUUGGUGGUGCGCUCGCGUCACUGCUCCCGCCGGCCGAGCGAUGAAGAUGGUCGCGCCGUGGACGCGGUUCUACUCCAACAGCUGCUGUCUGUGCUGCCAUGUCCGCACAGGCACCAUCCUUCUCGGCGUCUGGUACCUGAUCAUCAAUGCGGUGGUACUUUUGAUUUUACUGAGUGCCCUGGCUGAUCCAGAUCAGUACCAUUUUUCAAGUUCUGAACUAGGAGGGGACUUUGAGUUCAUGGAUGAUGCCAACAUGUGCAUCGCUAUCGCAGUUUCUCUCCUCAUGAUCCUGAUAUGUGCAAUGGCGACUUACGGAGCAUACAAGCAACAUGCUGCCUGGAUCAUCCCGUUCUUCUGUUACCAGAUCUUUGAUUUUGCCCUGAACACCUUGGUUGCAGUCACUGUGCUUGUUUAUCCAAACUCCAUUCAGGAAUAUAUACGCCAGCUGCCGCCUAAUUUUCCAUACAGAGAUGAUAUCAUGUCGGUGAAUCCUACCUGUUUGGUCCUUAUUAUUCUUCUGUUCAUCAGCAUUAUCUUGACAUUCAAGGGUUACUUGAUUAGCUGUGUUUGGAACUGCUACCGAUACAUCAAUGGCAGGAACUCCUCAGAUGUCCUGGUUUAUGUUACCAGCAAUGACACUACGGUGCUGUUACCCCCGUAUGAUGACGCCAGUGUGAACGGGGCUGCCAAGGAGCCACCGCCACCCUACGUGUCUGCCUGAGUCUGAGAGUGGAUGGAGCUGAGAGCAGCAGCUUGACUGUUGACACCUGAGCAAUAGUUCUGUAAUUUCAAUUCUGAGAUGAGCUCUCUGAAGCUUAUUUGUUGAUGAAAUGCCACAUUUUACAAUUUAGAUGUUAAGUUGAAUCCCUCUGUAGUUUUGAACACAUGCUUUUAGCUAGAGCACUGCGGUAGUAUUGCUGUAGAACUCUUUCAGUGGGGUGAGGGGGGACAUAAACAGAUCCAUAUUAUCUUUCCCCAAAAUACAAAUGGACCCUGAGUCCCCCAAGUCUGGUUUUGUACCUGCUUGACCCUCAACAUGGGCAAUUAGUCACACUUUUUUCUAUUUCUUCUCUCUUGAAAAUAUAAACUCAAAAUUAGAUGACACCUUUCUUAAACCAUUUGGUAUUUAGAAAAAACUUAUGGAAACAGGAAUGUUAAUUGUGUGAUCAUUGUCCUUAUUAGAUAAACAGGAGUCCUCAUGUGUGUGUUAUAAUACUUUCUCUACUGUCCCUUAUGACUUCAGUAACAAUUGGAAUUUGCUGGUCAAAGAUUUCCCCCCUGGCUAAAUGGAGACCAUUAGGCAACACCAGGCAGUAGAUCAGAAACUGCUCCUCUGCAUCUUGGGUCCUGGGUCAUAUGCUGGUGCACCUCCUUUUGGUUAGAGGAGGAACUGAUUGGUUUGGCACCACAGGGGUACCUGGUGCUCCUGGUUUCCAUCCUUCCCAGGACCCCCUUUUACCAUGUGUCCUACCUGGCCUGAUCCAAGGAGGGUGACCAUUUGCUUUAUCAAGUAAAAUUACUGAUAUAUGUUUGCCUAAAAAAUAUGAAGAAAGGUUUUCUUUCCCUGUGAGGCCCAUCCUACUACUGUGAAUUUCUGAGUAUGCCUCGUCAUCCUUUAAAAUGUUAAGCAGUCUUCAUAAAAGUGAGGAGCGUUGUUUCCCUGGUGGAAUGCUCUUAUCUCUACUACCUGAAUAGCAAAGGACUUUUAUAUGUUCAUAUGUUCAAAAAUCAGUGGCUGUCCUGCUUGUUCAUUAUUGGAUGUGCUGUAAAUGAAGGCUUUUGCAAUUAAAGUGAGAUUUGCCCAUA